AUGACGCCUAAUCGAAGGGAAGAUAUUAGAUUUUGUGUGGAAGUCACAAAGCAGAUUUCUAACAUUUCAAAACUUACAACAACUCCUUGGACUUCUGGUAUGUGGCUUCCAGCGCUUGGUUGCGGUUUUGUCCCAAUAGAAAAUAUUGUUAGUUGGAAGAAUUGUUUAGACGCGUUAUUGAUGUAUUUAGAAGUUUAG